AUGCAGGCUAAUGUAGAAGUUUCACCAAAUUGUCCCAGGUGUGGUUCUUCCAAUACCAAGUUCUGUUACUACAAUAAUUAUAGUUCAAGUCAACCACGGUACUUUUGCAAAGGCUGCAGAAGGUACUGGACCAAAGGAGGAUCCCUCCGCAACGUGCCUGUUGGUGGUGGCUGCCGCAAAAGUAGAAGGGCUAAACAUAUCAAGACCUUAAGACAAGCCAAUAACACAGUUGGGCAUUCUCAUGAUCUGAGAAGGGUGUCAUCUUCAGUUGUAUCUGAUGCUCCAAAUAUUGAUCUUGCGCAGGUUUAUGCAAGUUUUGUCAAUCAGAAGCCAGAUUCAAGAGAUGCCAUUGAGAAGCCUGAUGAAACAGUUUUAUAUCCUUCUUCUGAGUAUUCAAGAUUUUUGAACAAUGAUUUUAACCACAGUGCUUUGCCUGAUGAACUUGGUCUUGCUGAGUGUUUGCAUUUUGAUGGACAAUCCACAGAAUCCCAUUUCAGUGAGAGUAAUAUUCAAAUGUAUUUUUGCGGGUUCAACUCUAUGCAGAAGCAUAUUCAUGAUACAACCAAUUUUGAGUUGCCACCCUUGCCUGGUGAGGAGGCUGCAACCUCGCAUGAUGAUAUGUUGUGGUCCAAUUCUGUGAUGAUGGUAGAUCAUGCCUUUCAAGCAACUCAAUCGCCCCUUUUUGAACCUGAAGCUCACGAUGCAGACUUCUUAAUGAGCAGUUAUUGGAAUUGCCACUUCGAUUUGCCAAAGGAUGCUUCUUUUCCCAUUCCUUGA